AUGGAUCAAGGAACCGGAGUCAUGCAACAGCGGCGAUACUAUUUCAACAAAUCCACGAAACAGUGCGAGCAGUUCUACUACCGCGGUGCUAACGGAAACCGAAAUAAUUUCGGCAGCUUACAGCAGUGCCAGCAGCAGUGUCCAGAGACCCCCAGUCCAUGCGCAUACGGUAGCAGCUUCCCUCAAACUCCCUGUCAUGGCAGUAACGUAAUGAACGACCCAUGUGGAUCCAGUCAGUUUUGUCACAUUGGUCAGUCUCCACCAACCACUGUCUGCUGUAAUCGAUCACGUCGUGGAUCAUCGUGUGGUAAAAUAAUGGCGUUCUGUGCAUGUUCAGGUACAAUCAUCCACUGUCUCUUCACAAAUCCAAUAAAAACAAUUAUUAUUGCGCCGCUAACAUCGUUUUUAUUUUGGGAAGCAGGGCACUGUAGUUGUAACAUUCGUUAUCGCCGGGAUUUUUUAGCAUUUGGUGAUCGCUGCAGCCAAGCACUGAACACGGGAAUUGGUAAUGCAAACUUGCAGCGAUGGUAUUUCAAUGUCAAUUCGGAGCAGUGUGAACCAUUCAUAUACAGAGGACUGCAAGGCAACGAAAACAAUUUUUUGAAUCAGCAAGACUGUGAAUCUGCUUGCUUUGGUUUGUUUCCCUUAGUCCAGUAG